AUGGACAAGCCCAAUCGGAUGGCUCAAUCGGAAACAUAUGACCUUAACAAACUAGCAUACAAACUCUCUCAUAAGAAGCGCUGUGGUUCAGUCCAAUUGAAGGGAAUGCGUUCACGUUGGGGGCGCCUGUUUAUUCUAUACCUGCUGACGAGCUGGUCACGGGCGGCGCGGAACCUGCGUCACCGGCACGUGGCCACAACGCACGGCACCGUGAGGGGGUACUUCGCGCCCCGCCCGCCCCACUAUGCCUACCGCGGCGUACCCUACGCCCGCCCGCCCACACUCUACGACCGGUUCAAGGCACCGGAGCCACCGUCACCCUGGAGUGGUAUCUUCGAGGCCACCCACCGUGUCAAAUGCCCUCAGCCAGACGGAACUGGCGAAGAGAACUGCCUGGUGGUCAACGUUUUCUCGCCUGAGCACGCCGCAUCCCAACCCGUAAUCGUGCACUUCCACGGGGGAGGGUUUCAACAAGGAUGGGGUUUUCAUAACAGUCCUAGAAAAUUACUUGAACAAGGUUUCGUACUCGUAACUUUCAACUACCGAAUUGGAGUACUCGGAUUUUUAUGCCUUGGUUUACCAGAUGUGCCAGGCAAUGCUGGUCUUAAAGACCAAGUGGCAGCUUUGUAUUGGGUGAAUAGAAAUAUAGACAAGUUUGGAGGCAAUUCAUCAGAUGUCACUGUUUAUGGCACAGGUUCUGGAGCUGUAUCUAUAGAACUUUUGUUAUUUUCUGGAUUAACAAACAACCUUUUUCAAAAAGUAAUACUAGAGUCAGGGUCUGCGUUAUCCCCGUCAGCUAUAUCAUAUAAACCAGUUUUAAAUGCAUUAAAUUUUGCAAGGAAUUUGGGUUAUAAAGAACAAUCAGAACUCAUGCUGCUACAAGAGUAUUUCUAUAAAGUUUCUCGUGAAAGAACUGUAAAUACAUCAGAGAUGUUCUUGCCAUGCAUUGAGAGUGCAAAUUCUACAAACAGUCUAAUAGUUAGGGACCCAAGAGAAUAUUUGAAAAGUGCUAAAUACCAGAAUGUAUUAAUGAUGAUAAUAUAUACAAAUGCUGAAGAAAUAUCUGUAAUUGCGAAUGAUUUUGACAGAUUUAAUGAAGUACCAGAUAGUUUUGAGAACCUCCUUCCAAACAACAUAGUAUUUGAUAGUGAAAAGAUGAGAAACAAAGUUGCCAGUUUGGUUAAGGACUAUUAUUUUGAUGAUCAUGGAAUAACUGAUGUGGUAUUUCAAAGUUAUAUUGAAUAUGUAAAUGAUAUUUUUAUGGAAUAUCCCAUAUUUAAAUCAGCUGCGAAUCACGCUUAUAAUCAGAAUGUCGUAUUUUUAAUGAAGUUUUUGUAUAAAGGGAGGCAGGGUAUUAAAAGAAAUGAUAGAAUUCCUGGUGCAAGUUUUGGAGCUCUAUUAAAGUACAUUAUAUACAACCAGUUUCAAGAUUGUGAUGAAAUUAUAGCUGAAAGGUUACUUACAUUAUGGAGUAAUUUUAUUAGGUUGGGAGACCCUACACCACUGACAACCUUCUUAUUACCUGAAGUGUGGCAGCCUUUAGUGCCGUAUGUUGUUGAUAGCAAGAUAGUUCUGCGCAACAUCCCUUGUCUUAUUUUUGGACAAACUAUGACUAACAGCUUACUUGCCGGUGAAAAAUUAAUGUUUUGGGAUCGCAUCUAUGAUAAGUUCUAUGUAAAUUCAUUCAUUCAUCUGAUCAGUAAGAAAAUAUGAUA